AACAUUGCAAAUCAAACUCUGCAUUUUUAUUAUUUUUUUAUUAUCACUAAAAAGCGCAAAAUAAAAUAAAUAAAAAACAAAAAAGCAACAAACAACUCUUUAAUUGUUUUUUCAUUUGUUUUUGAUACAAAAUACAAAAGCAAUCAAGUAGGUAAAAGCUUCUUACAGUCAAACUGCAAACAAAGCCAUAGCUUUAACGAUACAUAUUAUUUUUUAAGUUUCUACAAACAUCUUUAAACCACAUUAAAAAUGUCCUUAUAUCAAAAAAAUUCUGAUUCCUUCGCUGUUUCCUCUGAACAAGAUUCUCUCGACAAUAUAGUAGUUGAAGAUGACUACAAUUAGCAAGACGAUAUUGAUUCUUUCAAAAGUUUCUCAAGUUUUGACGUAGAAUCAGAAGAACAAGGUGAUGAAGAAGCCUAAGUCUAAGAAGGAGAAGAAGAAGAAAACGAAAAUUACCCAGAGUCUAACUAACACAUUCAAGAUAAAGAUUCUAUGGUUGAUGAUGAGACUAAUUCGGAAGAAGAGCAACAAUAAACAUAAGAAAUGCUUAAAAGAACUGAUUAGAUAAUCUUGAAUAAAAUUAACUUAAAGAAAAGAAACAUUUUCUAAUUUGUGCACAGAAAUUAAGUCAGCAUGAUCUAAGAUAAAUAAAAUGGCUACAUGUCCAAAAAGAAAAACUAGAUAGGUUCUAAUAAAUUAGCUCAAAAUGGAUAGUAAGGAUAGGGUACUCAAAUAUUAAAGAGAGAAAUAUUGAAUUACAGUCGCAGAGAAAAGAGCUUAGAAGAAUUAUCAAAGAAAUUCUUAUCUCUCUUCUUAGACAAGGAAGAAUCUAUGUUGAGCUUGGAUAAAAUUACUAACUAAUUAGGAGUUGAAAGAAGAAGAAUUUAUGACAUUAUCAACAUUCUUGAAAGCUUAAAGCUAGUCUCCCGCAAAGGAAAGAACAACUAUAAAUGGAAUGGCUUCCAAAAAAUUUAUGAAACUAUAACUCAAUUCGACCAAAAAUCCUUAACAAAGAAAGAAGAGCAAGAACUAACUCAAGAACCAUAGAAAAGAGAGAAGUCUCUUGAAAUGCUUUCUAUUGGCUUUCUUAAACUCUUCCUCCACUGGAAGAGCACCAUGACUCUAGAAGAAGCAGCAAGAAAGCUUUCAUCUAAGCAAAUAGACGAUCAUAAAAUUAAAACAAAAAUUAGAAGACUCUAUGAUAUUGCCAACGUAUUUAAGAGCUUAGGGUUAAUCAAAAAGACUUCCCUUAUAGAAACAAAGAAACCUGCAUUUGAAUGGAUAGGAAUUGUAGGUCUCGAUUCCUUUGCCUACAAAAUUAUGAGAGAAAAGAAAAGUGGUGAUGAAGAAUAAAACUGUGAAGAAGAUAGCUUAAAUCAAUCUCAAUAAAUGAGCUAAUAAAAUAGCUUUACAGAGCCUAAGUUAAGCAAAAAGAGAUUCUCAAAUGAUAAAAAUAGCAGCAAGAUUGAUUCAUCAACAGGCUAGUAAAAGUAGUAACUUAAAAAAUCUUUUAUUAUUUAACAACAACUCAAAGAAUAAAGAGAAAAAGAAAGAUUGCUACUUGAAUAAAACUAAAAAUAGUAACAAAUAUAAUAAAGUAGCUUAAAUAAUAAUAUAAAUAAUUCAAAUAUUACAUAAAACUUGAGUUAAUUAUUGCAAACAAUUCAAAAAAAUAUGAAAAGCCAAAACUAGGAAGCUCCUUAGUAAAAUAAUAACUCUUCCAACACUCCUUUAUCAUUGUUAUCUUAAUUAUAAAUUUUAUCACGCCCAAUCUAGUAGAAUUUAGUUAGUAAUCUCAGCAGCUUGAUUAAUAACAUCAAUAAUAAUAACAAUUAAAAUAAUUUAAUUUAACAAGAAGAAUAAUAGUAAAGUAGCAAUAAUAAUUUAAUUGGAAAUCUUAUGUUAAAAUGCCUAUAAAAUGUUAUUACUAAUUUUGUUAGUAAGAAUACAAAUAACACAUAAAAUAAAUAGCAAGAAGAAAAUUAGACUAACUUAUAAUAAACUUUAUUAGAAUCACCAGAAAAGGUUCUAAAAAUAAAUAAUUAAAUUAAUUAAAAUAACUCUUUGAGUUAAAUGUCAUCUAACACAAAAAUGAACAACAAUAGUAAUUAUAAAUGUCUCUAAUCUUCUUAAAAAAGUACAAGCAAUUUAGGUGACUUUACUACAGCUAAAAAAUAGAAGCAAAUAAUUAAUGAUGAAAACAUCCCUCUUUCUGGCGAAAAAGGCUUACAUUAAGGCUUUAGCUCAUAGAACACUAGUAGCUUAAAGACACCUAUAUUAAAACGCACAUUGACAAUAAUCUAACCUAAGCUAGAUGAGUGUGAUGACAUUACACCAACUCCACCCACUUGCAAAAGAAGUUUUUCUGCUUGCUUAUCUUCUUCAAAUAACAAUAAUAUUAACAAUAAUACUUAAACCUUAUUUUAAAAUUUAAUUUAAUAAAAUUAAAACCAAGUCUAUCCUAAUCCAUUCAGCGAUAGAACUAAUUUGAAUAACAACAAACAAUAAAUUUUCAAUAAUUUACUCGGAUUUCAAUAAUAAUAAUAACAACAAUAAUAACAAGUAUCUUCUUCUUCAUUUAAAAAAAUAAGAAAACUGACAUAUGAGAACAAUUCCUUAUAGGGAUCAGACAAUAAAUAAAACGAUAUGGACUCUAAAAAUAUAAAGAAAUCAAUUUCAUGUGAAAAUUAAAUAAAUUUUAAUACUUUAAUUUAAACUUCAUAAUAAUUACUUAAAAAUUCAAAUCUUUAAUAAAAUCUGAACAAUCUUCAAUAAGUUUAAAACAAUGAUGUCAACUAAAACAAUUAAUUAUUUAAUCAAUUAAAAGAAUUAAAAAUUAACUAGAUUAAUAAUAUAUAAAACAUAAGAGUUCUUGAGCAUUACUUCUGA